AUGCAACUUACAUUGGGGGGACCGGUAGGAAUGUUGGAGAGAGGAUUAAUGAAUACAUGGCAGGAAAACGACGACAAGAUCAAAUCAUCUAUAUCGUCGCUGGUGAUCUACACGCGGCAAUAUUCAUUCGCUGGUACACUGAGUGACAAGUGCGUGCUACCAGCCGUGCCACAUCCGGUGGAGCAACACACGUAUUGCUGUAACUUGAAAGUGGAUCAGCAGCGAAUGGUCCCGAUAUCUGCAACUAAAAAAUGGAAGUUUUCUCAAGGAAGAAAAAACGUCAAUGAUGCAUAUUCACCACUUGAUUUCAAAAUAAAUUUGUUUAAUAUUUGA